CUCCCGCGUCCGACUGCCCGUUUGGUUCUCCCUACAGCCUCUCCGCCCCUCACCUACAUUUUUGCCACACGACCCUAUCAUGCCAGCUAAGAAGCGCUGCCAAUUCCAGGGCGAGCAGGCCUGCAAUCAGGCAGCUCUCCGAAUCGUAGGGCAAUGCCCUCAUUGUCGCGUCGAUUUCUGCGGGACGCACCGACUUCCGGAACAUCACGCCUGCAAUAAUCUGGAAGACUGCAGACAGCAGGCUUUUAACCGCAACAAGGCAAAGCUCGAGAGCGAACGGACAGUUGCUUCGAAGAUGGCGACUGCAUAACGGAGCCUACAGCUGAGCCCUACCGCCCCGUUGUAUUCUGGCUUCGCUUCCUCCCUUCAGUCUUUCCUUCCCAUGCGGCGUCGGCUCCUCCUACAUCACUCGCCGCGACAUCUCCUUUUCCGUGUCGUUGCUAUACUGGGCUCGUCGCUUACGCGCCUCGACUUUCUCCAUACGGAUUCCCAUCCGGUCCACUGGGCGCACAUGAACAUUUACGAUUAUUUAAAUUCACCUUACUAAUUUGCGAUUCCCCUCCAUCCUCUUCCAUCCUGUCCAUUUGCAUCUCCAUUCCGCUGUGUAAACCGUACUUUGCCAUAUUAUUGUACCUCUGUCCACUGUGAAUCAGUAUCGUCUUUACAUAUCUAUCAUCUGAAUAAUGCCGAACCCUC